AUGGCACUCUUGUUCUCAACUUCAUUUGCAUGGGCACUUGUAAGCCUAAUCCUUCUUGCAUUUUCCUCACAUUACAUUGCUACACAAGCCGAGGCACGAUCGUUUUUCGUGUUUGGAGACUCGCUUGUUGAUAACGGCAAUAACAAUUACCUUAUCACUACUGCCCGUGCCGACUCUCCUCCUUAUGGCAUCGACUAUCCAACUCAUCGUCCCACCGGCCGUUUUUCCAAUGGUUUAAACAUCCCCGAUAUUAUUAGUGAGCAUAUGAAAAGUGAGCCUACAAUGCCAUACUUGAGCCCUUUGCUCAAGGGUGAGAAGCUUCUAGUUGGGGCCAAUUUUGCUUCUGCAGGAGUUGGAAUCCUUAAUGACACUGGCAUCCAAUUUUUGAAUAUUAUUCGGAUUGGAAAGCAAUUAGAGUACUUCGAGCAGUACCAAUCGCGUGUGGCGGACUUAAUAGGGGCCGAGCAAACGAGGAUACUUGUGAACCGAGCUCUUGUGCUCAUGACUCUUGGCGGCAACGAUUUUGUCAACAACUAUUAUCUAGUGCCGUUUUCUGCAAGAUCCCGACAAUUUUCUCUGCCGGACUAUGUUUCGUAUUUGAUUUCCGAAUACCGCAAGGUUUUGAGGAGGCUUUACGAUUUAGGAGGAAGAAGAGUUCUUGUGACCGGGACGGGCCCAAUGGGCUGCGUCCCGGCUGAACUUGCCCAGAGGAGUCGGGCCGGGGAGUGUGCGGUGGAGCUGAUGCGAGCUGCGAGCCUUUUCAACCCACAGUUGACUCAGAUGCUGGGCAGCCUCAACAGUGAGAUUGGAGAAGAUCAUGUUGUGGGCAAGGCCCAUACAAUGGAAUUGGGCUUUGCACGCCAGCCUCCAACUUGUGCCCAAACAGAGACGCCUAUGCCUUCUGGGACCCAUUUCACCCCUCUGAAAAGGCCAACCGAAUUAUAG